AUGACGGCUCUCGCCAAGCUCCUCCCGCUGCUCGCGCCGGACGACGACCUCUCGCUCGCCCUCGACCACCUCGAACGCGAGCACCGCAUCGUCACCGGCACGUCCCUCCCGAAGCUCACCCUGCCCCCGACGCGCGACCCUCCAGACGUCGACCUCGCGUUCGCGCCACCGCUUCCACCACACCCUCUCCUCCCGCCGACCCUCUUCGACCGCCUCCAAUCCCUCGUCACGACCAACCUCGCCGCACCCGCCCUAAGCGGCACCUACCUCCUUCAGCAGAGCCGUGACCGCAAGGGCAAGCAGCGCGAGCGGUACUCGACCUCGCUCGACGACCUCGACGUCCUUCUCGACGGCGGAUUCUGCGCCGGUGAGCUCAUCGACGUGUGCGGGCCGCGCCGCAGCGGUCGCACCGUCUUUGCGCUCUACGUCGUCCUCCUGCACCUCUUGCUCCACGCCGACAGGCGAGCCGCCUGGCUCGACCCGGGCGGCUCGUUCGACGCGUACCGCUGCCUCGCCAUCCUGCGCGACGUCCUCGUCCCGCGCCUGUAUGCCCUCGGCGGCUCGUUCGCCGGCGACGACGGCAAGGAGCCGGCGCCCCAAGAUCUCGCCAUCGCGACGCUCGACCGGCUCGCCGUGUCGAGCCCGAGAAAGUCGGGCGACGCGCUCGACGUCCUCGCGGCCGAAACCGAGGCGACGGGCAAGACCGAGACGCUCAGCAUGGUCGUGAUUGACUCGCUCGAUACCCUCGUCGGUGGCGAGGCGCUCUCGAGCGGGUCCGCGCAAGGACAAGCCAAGCUGAUCGCCUUCAUGCGUCGAAUGGGCACGCUCGCACGAUCAACUACUGCCCCGCUCGCUGUCCUCGUCGUCACCACCGCCAUCCCCCUCGCCUCCUCUUCCACACCACGAGGUCCUCCACCCGCCGCCGGCGGCCAACCUCCCCCGCUCUCGUCCCUCCCCCUCCCCGAGCCGCUCAGACCCUCUCUCGGCCCGACAUUCGCCUACCUCGUCGACCUCUCGGUGCUACUUACGCCCGCCGAGCCGCUCUUUGGGCCCGUCGACGGCAAGGGGAGGACGGUGCUCGAGGUGACGAGGAACUCGAGGGGCGACAAGGGCGGGACGGUCGUGUUCAAGCUGGAAGGAGGUGUAGAUCUCGAGCAGCUGGUGUAGCUCGACGGAGGAGCAAGGUGCAAUCGACGACGACGAGCUUUCGCCCAUUCUCAAGCU